AUGUCAACCUGGGCCCUCGCCUCCCGGCCCCAACCGCCGGCCGGGGCGACGGCCACCCUCUACCUCACGCUGGGCGCAGCCCUCGGCAUCUCGGCCUGCCUCCUAACCACUUCCCUCCUCGGCCCCAACCCCUCAAAACAACACCAACAACAACCCACCAUCCCCUCCCCCCUCAAGACCCACCUCCCCGACCUCUCCCCCGCCGAAAUCGCCGCUCUCCCCUACCCGCCCGACAUCCUCCCAGGCGGGCGCGACGUCGCCACCCCCUACGGCACGAUCAAAGUCUUCGAAUGGGGCCCCGAGCACGGCGCCAAGGUCCUCCUGCUCCCGGGCAUCAGCACGCCCUGCGUGGCGCUGGCGGCGCUGGCCGAGGCCCUCGUGCGCCGCCGCGGCUGCCGCGUCAUGCUGUUCGACCUGUUUGGGCGCGGGUAUUCCGACGCGCCGCAGGGGGUGCGGUAUGACGCGCGGCUGUAUGUCACGCAGGUGCUGCUGGUGCUGGCGUCGUCGCGGUUGGCGUGGACCGGGGAGGGUGGGGGGUUUCAUCUGGUGGGCUAUUCGAUGGGGGGUGGGUUGGCGGUGGCGUUUGCGCGGUUUUUUGCGGGGAUCGUGAGGUCGCUUGUGCUGGUGGCUGGGUGUGGGUUGGUCAGGGAGGGGCAUGUGGGCUGGAGGAGUCGUUUGUUGUAUUCGACGGGGGUGUUUCCCGAGGGGGUGUUGCAGUGGUUUGUUAGGAGGCGGUUGAUGCCAAGGAGGGAUGGGGGGAAGGUGACGGAGACGAGGAUGGCUGCGGAGGUGGUGGGGGUUAAGGAUGGGGAAGGGGGGGAGCAUCAUAAGAAUAGUGAUGCGAGCGGGGGCGAGUCGUUUGAUAAUGCGGUCUUGUUGGCGCGGAGGCCGGAGCAUACCGUUUCUACGGUCAUGGAAUGGCAGUUGAGGCACCAUAAGGGGUUUAUUCCGGCGUUUGUGAGCAGCAUACGGCACGCGCCUAUAUACGAACAGAAGGAGGAUUGGCAUGCGUUGGGGCAGCUGCUGGCGGCGAGGAGAGAGCGGUCGGGAUGGGAAGACACGGCGGACGAGUUACCCGGGCUUAGAGGGGGGAAGAUCCUGCUCGUGCUGGGCGCGUCGGAUCCGGUGAUUGUGAAGGAGGAGCUGAUACAUGACGCCACGGCUGUCCUGGGUGAGGACGGGUUUGAGGCGGUGGUGUUGGAUGCUGGCCACGAGCUUGUCAUGACCAAAACCGACGAGGUGGCAGCUGUGCUGGCCAACUUUUGGAGUCGGUACGUUCCACGUUGA